CAACACCGUCACACUGAUCGUCGUCCAUUGCAAAAUAUAAACAUUGCGCAGCGGAGUUUACUCACUUCGGAUCUUGCACCGUGAGAACCUUUUUUACGGUUCGGUAGGAUAAGCAAACGAUUCCUGUACGGUAGGCAUUUCAGAAAAGAUCGUGGAAUCCAGUUUUCAUAGUGGCAUCGGUGGAAUCCUUUUUGUUCCCAUUCGACGUACAUUCUCUUGUAGCUGUGCCUAAGUAUUUAUGGCUUCUACUAUUAUAUGAUGUCUAUCUGAUUUGUACAUUCGCGCUAGUUAUAGUCGAAGCAUGUUUUCCACGGGGCUUUCGGUAAUCGUCGACUUGUGAGCUCGUGACCAACGAAAACUAGUGCAUAUUUGCCGCAUAUCGAAGUGGUAGACGAAAAAACGUUCAGGCCUUCAUAUUGAAUAUAUAUCUAUUGACAGCUUGUUACGUUAGUUAGAAUCCAGAAGGUUUUAACCAAAUUUUUAACUGUUUUCGAUGAGACCCCAUGACUCUCGGACUGUUAAUAUGUUAGAUGAUCUAACGUUACCGUAAAUUUUCACAGUACGGAUAAGAUCGACUUUGCUCUAAAUGUUAAUACUGUAUUAUCUCGCACUUCAGGUCGUCCCUAUUCGAAAGUCUUUUGCUGGUAGUACGGUUUUUUUACUCACAUUCUCUGGGGAAUGUGGAAGCUCUCUCCACCAACGAAGGUUUGAUUAUGGUGAACGUGAGCUGAAAAGUAAAAUCUGAUACAUAAAGCAACGUCCGGGCCGUUCGAGCGGUGCUCUCAAAUGAUUAGCUAAGAGAAGAGUGUUUGCAUGAAGCUUAUUGAUGUAGAACUGAAAAAUGUCUUUAAUUGUGCUAUUUAUUUUCACAAAACUAAUCUAGAAUAUGGAAAAUUGUGUGGUGGCGCAACUUCUAAUAAACUUGCUCUUCAUGCUCCAUUAUUAGUGCGUUAAUUCGCUUCAACUCUUCAUACAAACGGAAAACACUGUCAUCUAUUAUAUAAGCCAGUCAGAUAAGUUAUGUUUCGAUUCGUUUGUAGCGUUAUUACCUUCAUCGAAAACUUUGAAUUAUUUUGUAAAGGUUUGCCUUACGACAACUAACGAAAAGCAAUACAAAUUGUAACUUAUACAAGUGAAAAAGAUGUCCAAAAACCUCAAAUUACAUUGGUUAGUCGGACUCGUGAUGCGAUUUUUGAAAAAUCUAAUUUCUUUUCACAACGCAGCAAAUAUGAUAACCAUCCUGAGUGCAACCUCACAGCAGUUUAAAUAUCAUAAGCGGUCUUCUUGAUUUUUUGCCUAAGGUCGAUGAUAUGCCUCCCAAAUAUGUCUCAGGUUCUUUUCAUUAUAUAACAUUAUUUACAGAAAAUUCAGUGUUAUAGUAAUUUUUCGUUGCUUUGAUUAAGAAUAUUUGACGGCCAUGGCGGUUGGCGUGAAGCCGCGUAGUGACGGAUCAUCUCCAAAUGGUUUGACAACGGGGCGAGCAGUCGCUGUCUUGGCAGUCGUCGUUGGUUGUCUCGUGAUUCUCUGGCCAAAGAUCUUCUAUCCGAUGCUCAUUGUAGCGUUAAGAGGAACUGAUGGAAGCGACACGGAUUAUCCCCCUCCAAUGGUGCCCGGGGGUCCAAUGGCAGCUCGACUACAACAGAGCGGAAAGCGAGUUCCACCUCCACAUGCGCGACUGGCCGCUCCUGGACCCCAAGGCCCGAGUAAGGGCGCCUCGAAAAGUUCAACAUUUAACAUUAUAAUGCCCAUUUAUACUCUUGGUAUCAUCAUUCUCUUUGUCUACAUGAUCUUCAAGAUUAUGUCCCGCAGCGAUAAAGAGAAAGUCGAUCUUAACAGACUAGCUUACAAUGAACGGUCGCAGCUAGCUCAACAGGCAAUGGCUGCAAGGCGUGGGGGCCUCGAAGUGGCCAAAGGCCAAAACAACAACUUUGAGCCUCCGAAAAGGAACAGAAAGGAUCCUAGAAAUGCGUUCGAGAAUAAUACUAAAAUCGUGCUGAAAAUGUAUGGUAAGGACAAGAUGCUGGACGCUCUGAAUGUGGUCGUCAACGAGAUGCAUGAAUACAAGAAGCAAGCAAUAGAACUGACAAAACAACUUGAGGAGCAAAAGAAAACGACCAGUGGCGAGAAUAAGGUUGAUGACAUUGAUGAGCGGGAAGGGGUACUGACGGCCGAGCUAGAAGACGAUGUCGAAAUUUCUGACAAAGAAGAAGCCGGAGGCGAGGAGGCUGUGGAGCAUUCCGAAGCAGAGUCAAACGAAGCCAAUGAGUAUGUCCGGGGUGAUGCGACAUCGCAAAAUGACAACCUUGAAGCUGACGAUGAGGAUGAUGAAGAAGUGGACGUAGAAAGGCAAGAAGAGGAGGAAUAUGCACCUUCAGAGGCCCCAUCCGAACAAGACAGCGAUGAAAGUGAGAGGGAGAUCGAAAAUCAGUCCGGAGAACAGAAUUAUGAGCAAGAAGGCAAAAACGAUGAAGAUGCAUCUCAGUCUAUCGAUGACGUUGACGAUGGAGGAGAUAUUUAUGAUGGUGAAGAGUACGGCAAAAAUUAUGAUGACGAUAAUGAUGAUGAUGGAGGUCGAGAAGAACGAGUGAAGCAACCGCAGCAUACGACAAACACAGCGCGAAAUGUGGACGCCGUGAAGGAAGAAUACGUUGUGGAUGACGGCGAUGCUGAUGAAGCUGGUCACGUUGCCGAAUCUGGCGAAGAAAACCGUAACCAGCAACAGAAGCAACAUGAUCGUGAAGAUCGGGACGUCACUGCGGGAAAGGAGACUGUGCACAACGUGGAAGGUAUUGAACAAGUUAGUAAAUCAUUCAGUGAUGACAGGCUUUACCAAGCAGACCAAGAGGACGAAAAUGAUGCCGAAGUCAAAGAGGUGUUCUGUCAGGAAACGCCACCAGAUAAAAAAAAACAGAAGAAAAAGAAGGUUACAGUAAAUAAAUCAGUUUAUGUGAAACACCCCGAGUGUCUAUGCGGAACGCCUCCUCCGGACGACGACGACGACGAGAGAUUGGCUAGUGGUAGGCAGAAAGUAGUUUAUCAGAACGAAGCAGAGCGACAUCAUCCGCCUUACCCUUCAGCGAAUACAAUCGAUGAAAUAUACCGGAAUCAGGAAAGAUUUCAGUUUCUCGACCAUGCGACAGAGAUCGAACCUGGAGCUAAACUUCAGUGCUUUGACGACGUUAUCUAUGGUCAAUUUGUUACGGAACGAACGCCAGAGGAGAACAGCAGCGAUGGUUCUCUGUUACAAAACAACCUACAAAUUCUUCAGGAGCUGAUCACAAAAGGUCGAGGGAAUGAUUUUGGUGAAAUCGGCCAAGAACCCUCACCAAGCGACUACCAACAGUGGAAAUCCAUUACGCCUGAAGAUCUUUUCAAGACAGCGACGACCGUUGUCGAAAGGACUGAUGAGCGCAAUGCGACCUGCGAAAGAAAUUCCCGCCAAAACUACCGCAACGACGAUCGAGUCAACGGGAACUACCAGAACAAUCCGUCAUCUGGGGGUUCUAUGAAGUCGCGAUUACCUUCGCAGAACUUCUACUAUGAGGAGUCCGCCCCGAGUGGUGGCUUCGAAGAAAGUGGAAAAUUGAGGAGGCGAACCCGGCGGGCGAGAAGGGCCGAUUGAAAAAAUACCGAGAUGCCAGAUUACGUUGAGCCGCGCUUCGUAGUCGUAUUGUAUAUUGGUAGAGAACGUGUCGGCCGUAUUCAAGAAAAAAGA